AUGGCAUCCGAAUCUUCUGAGCGUACAGUCUCCGCAGGUACACCAUCUCCGGCUGCUUCCAAUCCUCUGGCAGGGGCACACCACUAUGUGUCCAUGAAAUUAACAACCCGGAACUUUUUGUUCUGGAGGACACACCUGGUCCCCUUUCUCCGCAGUCAGGACCUGCUUGGUUACGUUGAUGGGAGCAUCAAAUGUCCGCCUGCCUUCAUCACGCCGGAAUCCGGCGAAUCCACGUCGGCAGUCACGCCGGCCAGUGCAGCAGUGCCCAAUCCGGCUUACAAAAUAUGGGAGAAGCAAGAUCAGGCCAUCCUCUCGCUUCUCAUCUCAUCAAUGGCGGAUGAGAUUCUCCAUUUGGCUGUCGGCAGGACCACCUUGGCCGAGGUGUGGAGUUCGAUAAUUGCCGCUCUCGGCUCCUCGAGUGAAGCUUGCUGUCUCAAUUUAUUUGGGCAGUUCCAAAUGCUCUAG